AUGCUUGUACCAGGAUUGGAUGAGAAUCUACUAUGUGCUGGACAGAUGAUCGAGCAUGGAUAUUGUUUGGUUUUUGGUGAUUCUACAGUGGAGAUAUAUGAUGACAAGUCUCUCAAGCAUCUGGUUACUAAAGUUCUAAUGACAAGAAAUAGGUGUUUUCCACUUUCCCUCAAGUAUGUGAAUGCAGUGGCUAUGAAGGCAACAGUUAAAGAGACUACAUGGUGUUGGCACAGAAGAUGUGGUCAUCUAAAUCUUCCCAACUUGAGACUGUUACAACAGAAAGAAUUGGUGUAUGGAUUGCUAGAAAUUGGUGAUUUAGAGAAGGUGUGUCAAGGCUGUGCAGUGGGAAAAUCACAUAGGGAGGCAUUUGGCAUAGAAAAAGCUUGGAGAGCAAGCAUGCCACUCGAACUCAUACACUCAGAUGUGUGUGGACCAAUGCAAUCCACUACCAUUGGAGGUAACAAUGGGAGAAAGCCUGGAAUUAAACAUCUAAGGGUAUUUGGUUCUGUUUGCUACUGUCAUGUACCUAAUCAAUUGAGGUCCAAGUUGGAUGACUCGGCCACUAAAUGUGUUUUUGUUGGUUACGGUAAGUGUGAGAAGGGAUAUAGUGUCUACAACUUACAAACCAACAAGAUUGCUGUUUCUAGAAGUGUAAUCUUUGAUGAAGAUUCUCUGUGGGAUUGGGAAAAUCAGAGUGUGCAGCACAUCUCAAUUCUUAUGAGUCUUGAAGAUGGUACAAGGGACACUGCCAUGGAGAGUGAUUUUUCAGACUCAUCUACACAGGAAACUCAGUUUGAGAACUCAAGUUCUUCUAGAUCUGAACCAGAGAAUGUCACACAGAGUGAAACUCCUGUGAAACUCAGAGACAUUGCUGAGAUUUAUGCAAGAUGUAACAUGAGUGUUAUUGAACCAGAGAAUUAUGAAGAAGCCUCAAAAGAUACUACUUGGAAGAAAGCAAUGGAGGCUGAAAUGGAGAUGAUUGAGAAGAAUGAAACAUGGGAAUUGGUUAACAGACUAAUGGACAAGCCAAUAAUUGGUGUCAAAUGGAAGCACAAAGCUAGGCUGGUUGUCAAGGGCUAUGCACAAAAGCCUGGUAUUGACUUUAAUGAAACCUUUGCUCCUGUGGCCAGAUUAGACACCAUUAGGACUCUUAUUGCAUUGGCAGCUCAAAAGGAAUGGAAGUUGUACCAAUUGGAUGUCAAGUCUGCUUUUCUAAAUGGAGUUCGUAAGGAAGAAGCGUAUGUUGAUCAGCCAGAUGGGUUUCUAAUUGAGCAUUCUGAGGACAAAGCGCCAAGGGCAUGGUAUGAGGAAAUUAAUUCCUAUCUCAUUGAUUGUGGAUAUGUGAGAAGCACCAGUGAAGCAACUCUUUAUUGCAAGACCAAACAAAACUCUGGCACACUCAUUGUGUCGAGUUAUGUUGAUGACAUAGUAUACAUAGGAAGCAGUGGAGAGUUGAUGGCAUUGUUCAAGUCUGAAAUGAUGAGAAGGUAUGAAAUGACUGACUUAGGUCUUUUGUAUCAUUUCCUUGGUAUGGAUGUAAUUCAAACUGAACAGAGUAUUUUCAUAAGCCAAAAGAAGUAUGCUUUGACUUUGUUGAGCAAGUUUGGUUUGAAAUCAUGUAAACUUAUGAAUACUCCUCUUGUAGCAAGUAAGAAAUUGUACAAGGAUGAUGGAAGUGAUCCUGUAGACGAGAACGAAUACAGACAAAUAAUGGGUACUUUGUUGUACUUGACAGCUACAAGAACUGACAUAAUGUUUGUAGCUAGUCUAUUAGCCAGGUUCAUGCAUUGUCCAACCAAGAAACACUAUGGAACAGCUAAGAGGGUGUUGAGGUAUAUCCAAGGCACAAUCGAUUUUGGUAUUGAAUACCAGAAGGGAAAAGAAGCUGUCUUAGUUGGAUAUUGUGAUAGUGAUUGGAGUGGAAGCCAAGAUGACAUGAGAAGCACCUCUGGCUAUGCUUUCUUUUUUGGCAGUGGAGUGUUUUCUUGGGCAUCAGUCAAGCAACAUAGUGUUGCUCUCGCCACAGCUGAAGUUGAGUAUGGCGUGCCACCACCAAGCCCCAAAUUUGGGCUUGAAUGGAAUGUGAAUAGAUGGAUGUGUUGCGCUUCUAACUUCUGA